AUUCACGUGGUAUUUUACUCGUUUGCUUGAAGACAGGACGUCUCCCCCCGGAUUUAUUCGAUCACGUGCAUUCACAAAAUGCGCAUGUGACUGAUUACGUGGUAAAUUACUCGGCCUAUAUAGGCCAUAAUGAAAACAUGCCCGCUACUGUGUGUAAUGCACAUAAAAUAGCCGUCAGUCGUACGGCUCACAGUGAGUUAAUUGGAAGCGCUCAAAGCACUUGGUAUUUGAUAUUUCCAGUGAAAAAAAAACGACGCUAAAGCAGCUAAAAUGGAAAACGAUCUCGGUUAUUUGACAAACAUGUCUGGAUCUUGCAAUGCGGCGAUUGUGCCUGCUACAGCCAUUGUGCCUAACACGGGAACUCCCAGCGUCGAUUUACCGGACUAUCUCCGGAAUCAUACGCCUGUGUAUCUGCCUUCCAUUUCUCUCAACACUAGAUGGGAUGAUGCGACCUGGAUUCUUACCAGCGCCUUCAUCAUCUUCACCAUGCAGUCUGGAUUUGGUCUGCUCGAGUCCGGAAGUGUCUCCCAAAAGAACGAGGUUAACAUCAUGGUAAAAAACGCCGUGGACGUCCUCUUUGGGGGCAUAUCUUACUGGAUGUUUGGUUACGGUCUCAGCUUUGAUAAGAUCGGCAGCGACUUCAAGUCGAACCACCCUUUUGUUGCAGUCGGGGAGUUCUUCGUCGAUGAGACAAAUCCAGAUAGAGUUGGUAGUGUCUUCUCGCAUUUUUUCUUUCAUGCUUCCUUCGCUACGACAGCCACCACCAUCGUCAGUGGGGCUAUGGCCGAGCGCACCAAGCUGGAAGCUUACAUCCUCUUUUCCUUCUUGAAUACGCUCGUUUACUGUUUCCCUGCCCACUGGGUGUGGGACUGCUCUGGUUGGCUGAAGACAAUGGGCGUGGUUGACAUCGCGGGAGCGGGGGCCGUCCAUCUGGUGGGUGGAGUCACAGGAUUGGUAGCCACACUAAUGUUAAAACCGCGCACAGGGCGUUUCCGGAGCGGAGCUGAUUUGCCAGCUAUGGGCUCGCCGACAAACACGAUCUUUGGAAUGUUCAUGCUAUGGUGGGGUUGGUUGGGGUUCAACUGUGGCAGUACAUAUGGAAUAUCACAGAACAAGUGGAAAUUAGCCGCAAGAUCUGCGGCCUGCACCAUUACAGCAUCUAUCGGGGGCGGCAUGACGGCAAUUGUGCUCAGUUACCUUGCUAAGCGGCGCAAGUUUGAUGUCACGUUUCUCAUUAAUGGUGUUCUCGGAUCUCUGGUGUCCAUUACAGCUAUGUGUGCCUUAGCCCACCCCUGGGAGGGCUAUGUUAUAGGUGUCGUGGGCGCCCUCAUUGCCUGCUCAGGAUGUUUUCUGACCGAGCGUCUUAAGAUCGACGACCCUGUCAGUGUGGUGCCGGUGCACGCUUUGGGGGCCAUCUGGUCGCUCCUUUCUGUUGGGAUCUUCGGACGGCAGGACAAACUAGCACCUCAGUUGAUCCGUAACAGCGGUUUGCUUGCCGGUGGGGGAUUCCAUCUUCUAGGCAUCCAAGCCUUAGCAAUCGUUUCCAUCGGCAGCUGGACAGCAGUCACUUCCUUCGUCCUGCUCAAGCUCAUUGACGUCACUCUAGGGCUUCGAGUUCCUCUGCACGAGGAGAUCCUCGGAGCUGACCUUGUGGAACACUCCAUCAACGGUACGUAUGACAAAAACAGCCGCGAAUGGCGGGACCGGGACGGUCGGCUCAUCAUGGUGGUCGAGCGGUUCAAGAAAGGCGAGUCUGCGGACGAGCUGAAUCCCCAGGAUAUUCGCAGACUGAGACGUAUGUCCAAACAGAGGGCUUCCAGUGAGGAGACCAUGAAGUCGGCCUUCGGAUUCGUUCGGACCGAGGACUCUUCCAGCUUUGACCAGAAAUCUGACGCCGAGUUGGCGGAUGACGCUCGGUCGAUCGAUGAAAGUCAAGCCGCGGUUACGCAUCGAAGGAGGGGAAUGGACAGACUUCGUAGAUUUAAAAUGAGUAAUAUCCUUGGAAAACGAUCAAGCAACUGGACACCAAAACAUUCGGCCAACUAUUAAUUUCAUGUCCAUAACCUAUUGUUUGUCAACAUUGUGUAUCUGAAACUGCGCAUGCGCGUUUUGUUACAAUUUUGAAAAUAAAAAAGAACAUUAUUUCAUUACAUUGUGAUUACAUUUGGCAGAAUUUUCAGUUUCACUUGAUUUUUUUUCACCUAAGAAUCAUAACUAAAACCACAAUUUCUAUUUUUAAACUUUAUGAUGAUUUAAUCUUGAAAAGGAUUAAUAUGAUGAUGAACGAAUCCUCCAUUACAUAAUAAUUCUUGGAACUCUGUCUAAAGGUGUAACAUAUUUCAUUUCCAGUUUAAAACGUUUUAAAGGCACAUGACCUUUAUAAUUAUGUACGUUUUGAUUAAGUGUUGAAAAUGAAGCAAUUUGUGUAUUUUUUCAUUAAGACAUAACAUGCACUUUAAGACGCACUUUCACGACACAGUUACAGACUGUCGUUGCGUCUGAAUAGAUGAGGUUUCUGGAAUGUUUCCCGUAUUGCCAUGUCUUGUGAAAAAACACACGAGGCAGAGGCAGAAAGAUGGAGAGGCUUCGGCCAUUAUACUGGGGACUGUAUGAACUAAUGAACAGGUGUGAAGCAAAGUGUUGCCAUGCCGGAGUCCUCAGACAUUGAGCUAUGAGUGUUAUAGUUUGUCUGACAUGAAGAUGGUUUCCAUUAAAGUCAGCGUCUGUCUGUGUCGCCCAUGGCCUUCAAUGAGGCUAGUAUUGGCAUGGACAACGUGAAGACAACACUGCAAUCAUUUUGUGAAUUGGUUGAUAAGUUACUUUCGGUGUAGAUAUGAUUUCUUGCAUAAUGGUAGUCAAACCGACCGGGUUAGGCCUACACAUCUACCUUUGGUGGUCAGGUUGGCGUAGUGGUUCUUUCCUCGCCUUCCACCUCUGUGGUCCUGGGUUCGAUUCCCGGCCCAGUCCACAUCUUGUAUUGGGUUUCCAGUCCCUACCUGAUUCUGUGGGUUUUACCCAGAAUAUUCUUCCGGGGUUUUCCUCCCACGACGAAAACUGUAACUUCUUCUCAUUGUCUCCUCUCUCCAGGUUUCUUCAGACUUUCGAGAUGCAGUGCCUAUAGGGCACUUUCGAGGGAUCCUUCUGUCAUUACCGAAAAGAUCUAAAUAAAUGAAGAUUACCUUAUGCUGCGAUUUGGAAAAGGAGGAAGAGUGGUUGUGAUUAUAUUUUACUGUGGAGGAAGGACACAGAAGGAGUUACAACUUUGGCACAACAAAGUGCUCCAUGAUCAUCGCUGCCUGGUCAGAUGAACGAUUGUAAACAUUCUCAAAAUGUCUGAGAACUGCCUGCAGCUUAGCCGCAUAAGUGGGGCCAGUAAUAUCAUAACAAUAUUUGUGGUGUUUUCUUUGCAAUUAAAUACCGGUACAACUAUAUCACAGUGACCAGGAAAUGGAAAGAAAACACAUUUAACAUUACUUUUGCCGUCGUGAAUAAAUUUGUAAAAAGAUUUUGAUGCACUU